AAAGCAGCCAGGUUUCAAGUGCACCAUGAAGGUCAAAGUGUCUCUUCUUCUUCUCCUCCUGUCAUCAUUGACAGGCUUGUGUGACCUGCAGAAGAGUUAUGUGACGCGUGGUGAGCUGGUGGCUCUGCACUGUCCUUCCUUCUCUGACUCUGAUGGUUCCAACACGACCUGGACCAGUUACACUUCCCUGCCGAAGGACUUGUCCCAAAUGUCUGCAGCCGAGCAGCGAGAGGCGGAGGUGCUGCUGCAUCAGGAUCACUUUGUCAUCUUUAGCGCUUCAGAGAAACAUCAGGGGAAUUACUCCUGCACUGUUGGAGGCACUGAGCAGCAGAUCUGGUUCACCUUGAUAGUCCAGGAACACGUGGAUCCAAACGGGUAUUAUGAGCAUCAUUGCAGUGAGAGGCAAUCCUGCACUCUGCAAUGUGCAGAUCCCAGUGUUCCAGAAGAACUGACAAGCAACGUAACUUGGAACAAGGAUGGUGACUCAGGGAUGGAGGACCACGGUUUCUUCCCCAGUGUGACACAGACGGAUGGCGGUCUGUACAACUGCACAAGGUUUUACCAGUAUCAGGGCCGUACUUAUUACAAGCACUUCAUCGUGAAACUGAUCGUGGAGUCAGAGGAGGACUUCCCGGUGUAUGAAAAGAUAAUCGUACCAAAAGAUAAACAAGUGUUUCAGGUGGAUCUGGGACAAAAAGCCGAGAUCCUGUGCGAAGCAAACGCCAGGGUCAUCUGGAUAGUUGGGGAUGAGUUUGUGGACCAGAAUGACAGUUUGCGCAUCCAUUCAAACUCUUCAUGGAAUAAUGAUGGAAAAGCAUCUGCAUGGUUGAUUUUCAAGAGCGUGUUAGAGGAGGAUCUGCCAAAAAACUACACUUGCAAACUAGAUUCUCAAUGGGUCACCGUCACACUGGCCAAAAAUGUCCCCGUGUCCUACGUCCCCCUGGCUCUCAGUAUUGUUGGUAUAAUUGCACUGCUGGUUAUUGCUGUUGCCGUUUACGCCAAGUUCAAGAUUGAAAUCAAGCUGUACUUGCGGGACAGUCUGGGCUGCCAUCGGCAGCACUCAGAUGCCAAGCAGUACGAUGCUUUCCUGCUGUGCUACAAGAGUGAGACAGACUCGGGACUGAAGGAAAAUGACUUGAAAUGGUUGCACAGUAUUUUGGAAGAGAAGUUUGGAUACACCAUCUGUGACUUCCACCGUGACGUCUUACCUGGAGAAGUGGUAGCUGAGGUGGUUUUGGACUGCAUCGAGCAGAGCCGUGCGGUGGUUCUGGUCCCAUCCACGACGGACCCUGGACUGGGGUCUAGCCUGCCCAGUACCAUUCAUGAAGCCCUUGUGGAGCGGAAAGCAAACUUGAUUUUCCUAAAAACAAAGUCAAAGGUGGAAGGAGCCACUUCACUUUCCGAGUCCGUGGAGCUGUUGCAUGAGCCAGGUCACUGUGUGAACUGGGAGGGCCUGAGCUCCAUGCAGCCCUCAUCAUCUUUCUGGAAGCAGCUGCGCUAUCGCCUGCCAGCACCAUCUUCUUCCAGGGGGCCCAAAACCACACAUCAAAAGAUGCAAAAUCCUUGUGACAAUGUUUGAUAUCAGUAACUAUCACACUUGCUCACUCAAUGAUUGAAUGACAGUAAGCAGACCCCUAACUAAUAAUAGCGAAUUGAAAAUGUUGUCAACCAUGAUACGCAUAUCUUUAUUCUCUUCUGUGUAAUGCCUCAACCUGCAAGUUUCCCCACGACUGAGUGACAUAAUCAUGAAGCUAAGGAUCGACACAGAUAAACAUGACCAGAGUUUAAUA